AAAAUACCCAGUCUCUGCUGUUCCGGCCAAGUCAUUAUUGACUGACUGCGGAGGGAGUGGACGAGGGCUCCUCGCUGACGCUCGCCUUCAACGUUAUCGUCCACUUUUUCCACUCCCAAGAGGUGUUUACUCUCCGGGACCCGAGGAGAAGGACUCCCCGUGUUGACAAGGAUCAGGAAGCUGUGUCGGCUGCGGUUUGAGAAAGGAACAUGGCUUCCCAGGCUGAUCUGAUGGAAUUGGACAUGGCCAUGGAGCCGGACCGUAAGGCCGCCGUCAGUCACUGGCAGCAACAGUCUUACCUGGAUUCAGGCAUCCACUCAGGGGCCACCACAACGGCCCCCUCUCUCAGUGGGAAGGGCAACCCCGAAGAAGACGAUGUCGACAACCAAGUCAUGUAUGAGUGGGAGCAGGGCUUCAACCAGAACUUUGCCCCGGAACAAGUGCAAGACAUAGAUGGUCAGUACGCCAUGACACGUGCACAGCGGGUUCGUGCAGCAAUGUUCCCAGAGACUCUUGAGGAGGGCAUGCAGAUCCCCUCCACACAGUACGAAGCAGCAAACCCCACCAAUGUUCAGAGGCUGGCCGAGCCCUCGCAAAUGCUCAAACACGCUGUGGUCAAUCUGAUCAACUACCAGGAUGAUGCAGAGCUGGCAACCAGAGCGAUACCGGAGCUCACCAAACUCCUCAAUGAUGAGGACCAGGUUGUAGUAAACAAAGCAGCGGUGAUGGUCCACCAGCUGUCAAAGAAAGAAGCGUCUCGCCACGCCAUCAUGCGCUCGCCCCAGAUGGUGUCAGCCAUUGUCAGGACCAUGCAGAACACAAAUGACGUGGAGACGGCUCGCUGCACCGCAGGAACUCUCCACAACCUGUCCCACCACAGAGAGGGUCUGCUGGCUAUUUUCAAGUCAGGAGGAAUUCCGGCUCUCGUUAAAAUGCUCGGUUCACCCGUCGACUCAGUCCUGUUCUAUGCCAUUACUACUCUCCACAACCUCCUCCUGCACCAGGAAGGAGCCAAGAUGGCUGUGCGUUUAGCUGGGGGCCUUCAGAAAAUGGUGGCUCUGCUCAACAAGACUAAUGUCAAGUUCUUGGCCAUCACCACCGACUGUCUCCAGAUACUGGCCUAUGGAAACCAGGAAAGCAAGUUGAUCAUCUUGGCCAGUGGGGGCCCGCAGGCACUGGUCAACAUCAUGAGGACUUACACCUACGAGAAGUUGUUGUGGACGACGAGCCGCGUCCUCAAAGUUCUGUCGGUCUGCUCCAGUAACAAGCCGGCCAUUGUUGAAGCGGGAGGCAUGCAGGCUCUGGGCCUCCACCUGACGGACCCCAGCCAGAGACUGGUUCAGAACUGUCUCUGGACUCUCAGGAACUUAUCAGAUGCUGCCACCAAACAGGAGGGGAUGGAGGGUCUCCUUGGAACUCUGGUGCAGUUGCUCGGCAGUGACGACAUUAACGUGGUGACCUGUGCUGCAGGCAUCCUGUCUAACCUGACCUGCAACAACUACAAGAACAAGAUGAUGGUCUGCCAGGUCGGGGGAAUUGAGGCAUUAGUUCGCACAGUGCUUCGGGCCGGUGACAGAGAAGACAUCACAGAACCCGCUAUUUGUGCCCUCCGUCACCUCACAUCCCGACACCAGGACGCGGAGAUGGCUCAGAAUGCAGUCCGACUGCACUACGGCCUCCCCGUCGUCGUCAAAUUACUGCACCCACCAUCACACUGGCCGCUUAUUAAGGCUACAGUCGGUCUGAUCCGUAACCUGGCUCUCUGCCCUGCGAACCACGCUCCUCUGAGGGAGCAAGGCGCCAUCCCCCGACUGGUCCAGCUGCUGGUCAGAGCACACCAGGACACACAGAGGCGCACCAGCAUGGGAGGCACGCAGCAGCAGUUUGUGGAGGGAGUGCGUAUGGAGGAGAUUGUGGAGGGCUGCACAGGAGCACUUCACAUCCUGGCCAGAGACGUCCACAACAGAAUAGUCAUCAGAGGGCUCAACACCAUUCCACUCUUUGUACAGCUGUUGUAUUCCCCCAUUGAGAACAUCCAGCGUGUAGCAGCGGGCGUCCUGUGCGAGCUGGCUCAGGACAAAGAGGCUGCUGAGGCCAUCGAGGCUGAAGGAGCCACCGCACCGCUCACUGAGCUGUUGCACAGCCGCAACGAAGGAGUUGCUACCUACGCUGCAGCAGUUCUGUUCCGUAUGUCUGAGGACAAACCCCAAGACUACAAGAAGCGUCUCUCUGUAGAACUCACCAGCUCGCUCUUCAGGACUGAGCCAAUGGCCUGGAACGAGACUGGAGACAUAGGUUUGGAUAUUGGCGCACAGGGAGAGCCUCUCGGCUACAGACAGGAAGACCCAAGCUACCGUUCCUUCCAUUCAGGGGGUUACGUAGCGGACUCGAUGGGUAUGGAGCCCAUGAUGGACCAUGAUCUGGGCGGGGUCCACCACCCCGUCCAGGACUACCCCCCUGUGGAUGGGCUGCCUGACCUGGGACACGCCCAGGAGCUGAUAGAGGGUCUCCCACCCGGAGACUCCAACCAACUGGCCUGGUUUGAUACCGACCUGUAAAUAUCAAGCCGACAUUGAACUUCACUUUCUACUAGCUGUAUCAUGUGAUCUGGAUGAACCUGCAUUGUGAUUCGCCCAUAUGGAGGAGGCGGGGUUUCAGAAAGUGCCUGAAGAAGACUCAACAACAGCGAGCAGUUUCCUGUCGAUGGGAACUCCAUUGGGACAAACUAGAUUUAAGUGCGGUUCUGGUCUCGGCCUGACGGUGGGCUGAUUCAAAUCCUGACAUGACACAGAUUCUGAUCUCAAUUGGUUUUUGAAAGAUUCUUUUAUGUACUAUUUUUUUCAUUUUUUACCCAUUUUGUUUUCCUUUUUCUCCCCUCAAGUCUAUAAUGGUACAUUAUUCUAGUUUUUUUUCCACUAUCCUGUAUAAUGACUCAUCUGUUUUUCCAGCCCUCUUGUAUUUUAAGUCUCUUGUAGUGUUGAGGUUUUUUCCUUUUUUAAUGGUAAUGCUCCAUCCAAGUAAAAAAUCUGAUCACAUUUUAAAUGGUGUCCAAACACUAAAGUUAAUCAGUUGAAUUGUAUUCUGAUGAAGUGUAACAUUGUGUAGCUUUUGUAUAAAAAAACAAAAACAAAAAAACAUGAAUUGGAAAUCAUGGUCCAAAUAUCAAGCUAUUUUCUUGCUUUAAAGGUGGACACCGAUGUGUCUGUGCUGUUCCAAAGGGGGUGUAGCUGACCUAGCUGGAUGGGUGUGGCUGGAGGAGGGCUCUUAUUGGUCUACUGUUACUAAGGGAAGGUGGUAGUAAGAGGGGCUGGUUGCUGUAGCCUGCUGUGUUCUGAAACAAUAAAAUGGACAUGUCAUUUCA